AUUAAAUAUUAUGAAAUUAUUGUGUAAAUUUCUGCUGUAAAUCUGAAAAUCUAGCUGAAAAAUGGUGGAAGUCGCGCCAGCCGGCACAAAAUCGCCGGCGCUCUCCGUUCCAGUUGUCAUUUGGGGCCCGAAACCGCCGGAAAACAAGAUUUGCGCAAUUCGUGUGCUUCCUGAUGGCGCAACAAUUAUCACAGGCGCUGAAAAUGGCCACAUUAUUAUUUGGAAGCUAGCAGAAGGACUUAUGCCAAAGCAGCUAAUGAUUGGACAUUCUCAAAAGAUUACAGCAAUCUCUCAGACAACAAAUACACCGACAAAUACACGUUUUGUCUCAGCUUCAGCCGACGGACGUGUAUGCCUCUGGGAGAUUCAAGAUGGACGGUGCAUUGAUUCAACAUCUUCUAUUGCAAUUCACAGAUAUAUUUAUCCAUACACGUAUAAAUCGUCCCGUCACACGAGAGCAACUCGUCUUUUCUGUAUUGGAGAUUAUAGUGAUAUUCAAGUAAUGGAUCCACAAGAUUUGACAGUUGUAUUCUCAAUUUCUUCAAGAGUUGAACCGGAUUGGAUAAGCUGUUUUACAAUUAUUAGUCAUCCGGAAAAGGAGGAUCAGUUGAUUGGAAUGACUCUGAGUGGAAUGAUGAAGGUGUGGACGCUCACAGAACUGGAGAAAAAGGACCCAGCAACAUCUCUAUAUGAAGAUGAAUCAAAACGACUAGAAAUUCAACAUAUUCGAAGUGUUUCAUAUAUUUGUUCAACAAGAAGAAUGCUUUUAAUAAUUGCAUCGACAUGUUGGAUGAUUAUUGAUAUGGAUGAUCUUUCAACAGUAGUUUUUCAUAAAAAUGAAAUAACUACGAAACGUUGUGUGGCUGGAUAUCUUACGGAUUUGGAUAAAGUUACAAUUGGAUAUACUGAUGAAUCAAUUCAUGUAUUUCAAUUGCCUAUCGAAAGUCUCCAAAAAGAAGGAGUACCGCCAGUUGUUGCAAAUAAUCGUCCAACCUCAAAUUAUUUCGAUCAGCCGAAUCCCUUCAUUGUGGCCACUGUAAAUGGUGUUCAGGAGCACUCGAGAUCUUGCCUAAACGACGUUCAAUUUGCAUUUCUACCAUAUAAUUCUUCAAAUUCCCUGGAAUCUUCAUCAUCUUCAUACGAAAAACGUCGUUUCUCAGUUGUACGAAGUUCAAGAAGAGAUGGAAGUGUACUUGUAUGGAAUAUGCCACCAUUUGAUCAUCAAUUCAUGAAAGCUGUGCCAGCUAUCAGGAAUUUGCCAUUUAAAUUCAACGGAACCUACCGGGAAAGCCUUGCGAGCAUUUGGCAAACAAUUAACGAAUGUGAAGAUGGAUCCAUGCCGGUUUUGAACUCUGACGCUGUAUGCUGCUCCCUAUUCGUCACAAGCCAGGGAAAAUUAUUCCUUGGCCGUUCUGAUGGUGUAAUUGUAAUGACAUAUGCUUGUGAAACUCUCGCUCGGCAAUGGCUCCGUGUGCCAGCUGAACGUGCCACGUCACGAAUACUUACAGGACAUGAUGCGGCAGUUCGAUCAAUGUUUUAUCCAUUUGAACAUGACACGAGAUAUGAUCCACAGUAUUUCGUAUCGGGAUCCGAUGAUUUUUCGGUUAUUGUGUGGAAUAUUAAUAGUGGAACGCGAAUUCAUAGAUUCACAGUGCACGGGGGACCUGUCAAAAGUUUCAUGCUUCCACCAUCAAAUUGUAGUAAACAAGUGACAAAAUGCAUUGCAUCACUAGCAGCUGACAAUACAAUUGCCCUACUCAACAUUCGUGACAGUAAAUGCAUGCUUCUAGCCUCCCGACACCCAUUUCCAAUAAUUCAAGUCAAAUGGAGACCCCUUGAUGAUUUUAUGCUUGUAAAACUGGCCGAUGGAUCCGUAUACGUAUGGCAAAUGGAAACGGCAAAUUUGGAUAGAAUUGCUACAGGACUCCUCGCAGAGGAUAUAAUGACAGCUUGUGAUGAACAAAUUGGAGUUGAAGAAGGAACUGAUGAGACAUCGGCUCAUCAUGCUGUACAACUGAUUAGAGCUCUGAAAAAUAAGAAUAUGGAAGCUGUUAAGCAAAAAGUUGUUGGAGGAUCUGUUAGUGGAGCUGCAACACCUUCUUCCCACCAUGAGCUGCCAACAAACUGUGGAACUGCCGUACAACUCGGCUCUCCAAUGUCAAUUCUACCACUUCCAGGAUGUGCUCAAGGAGCCCAUCUCGUGCAAUUUGAAAUUUCCGCUCUAAUCGCCGGAAUUCUUCAUCUCGAUUCAUCAGCAGAAGCUCCUGAAGGAAAAACUACUGCUCAGAAGUUGGAUGCAGCUGCUGCCGCUGGAGCAUCCGACUCUGCGACAGGGCUCUCGAGAAAGCUGACAUGGCAAUUUGAAGCUAAUCUAUAUCUUGAUGUGGCUCGGCUGAUGCUCUCAAUGCUUCAUGCAUGGUGUCUUGAUGAAGAUAUGGAUGAAGUAUGUGAUAAAAGAUUAUCAUUACAUCGUCCCCGACAUCAAGUUUAUUUUGGAAAUGUAUCACGACAGGGGGAACUGUCGGUUAGUCUACCCACACGAUUUGCAGCGGAUUUUGAAUCGUUUUGUAAGAAGUCGAGGUGGCAGGCAAGUCACUCACUGAAUACAAGUCACCUACUCGCCGUAAUUGCUACCUCGAAUACCUUGAUGGCUAUGAAAAAUUCGGCGCUUCAAUUGGCAAAAAUUCGAAAAAGUGUGGUAGAACAGAAUCAAUCGACAAUCCAUCAACCGGAUCGUCAACAAAUAAAACAAGGAUGGAGCCUUGUAGCUGCACUUCAUUGUGUUCUUUUACCUGAUCAUGUUCGUCCAAGAAGUAGUUAUGCUCCGCCGAGCAUUGAAAUGCUUGUUAGAAGAUGGCAGGAUAGUUGUUUAGAAAUACGAGAAGCUGCUCAAGCUCUUUUGAUUCGAGAACUCACGAGAUUGGGCGCAGAGGGACGCCGCCGCCUCAUCGAAUCAUGGACCCCAUUCCUGCCACCACUCCUCGAUGAUUCCCUCUCGAUUUUCGGCUCAAAACUUCAAUCAUCCGUUCCAACAGUCCAACCAAGUGCUCCGGCUCCUCCAAUCCCUCCACGCACCAAAAAUGCUCCACCAGACGUCGAACCUGUCCGUGGAUCGGAGCCCCCGACAGCUGAGGGUGGUGAAGCCGGAAUUCAACAAGUUCGACGUAAUCAAGCAACUUCGAUCAUCCUGCUCGGUGUGAUUGGCUCACAAUUUGGCGAUGAACUGAAUCGCGCCGAUUUGACGAGAGCCACUGCUGUGUCGUUGCUCGAAUUGCUCGUCGCGGCUCCUUCUAACCUGAUUCCAGUGCAUUCUCCACUUCGUCGGGCGGCUAUUGAUCUAUUGGGACGGGGAUUUGUACAUUGGGAGCCGCAUUUAGAGAUUUCCAAGGUCGUCCUGGGGCUGUUGGAUUUGGCGUCGAACAAUGAAAAGCCGGGAACCCAACGCCGAAUCACCGGUGCUCCACUAAACGCUAUUGAAGAUGCAGCUCGAACAUCCCGACAGGCUCUUUCUCUGAUUGCUCUCGCCCGUCCACCGGCUCUUAUCACCUCGUUAAGCAUGGAAGUUGCUCGAUACAAUGCAGCUGCUCAACAUCAAACAAUCCAGCAUACAGUAGUCAGUCCAUUACUGAAAUCUCGAUCAGAAGUUCUUCGAAUAAUUGAAGAGUUGUGCGAGAAACGAUACAAUGAUAUAAUUGCAAUGUUACUACCAGUUGGAGAUAUUCUCGUUCAUUGCUUGGAUAUUACAAUUCUCAAGCAUAAAUCAAUGUCUGAGGUUUUCCCGCCGAUUGUCAAGUUUAAUAUGGUGGCGUAUUGCUCGACGAGCAAACGUGUUGCUUUUGGUGGAAAGAAUGGAACUUGUGUUGUACAUGAGUUGAGAGCUACUAAAACUCAUUCCCUGCCAUCUCAUAACGGACCAAUCGCUGCCGUCGCGUUCAGCGAAGAUGGAAAAUAUUUGGCCACUUAUGGAGCUGAAGACGGAAAAAUUAACUUUUUCCAGACAAGCCAAUCGUUUUUGGGAAUGGGACAAGCCCAGCUAAAGCUCACAAAAUCCCAACCGGCUCCAACUGUAUCAGUACCAACAACUCCUAGUGGAACAUCAUUCCGUCCUCGUUUAGUAUGGAUUAACUCUAAAUCACUGACACUUAUGCUUCCAGAAGGCCGUGAACAACGAUUUUCGCUUUAAAUUUAUGCACAUUUGUGUGCUCACCUCCCAGGUGUUCUAGUCACUUUUAAUUCACUUUUUUUCUCGGUUUUUCCUCACUUCUCACGCAUUGCCAUAUAUCAAGGGUUCAGUCGGGGUUUUUAAAUUUUUUUUCGAGUUUUCGAAGAUUUCCUUUUUUUUUUUUUUAGAAAAAAAUGAGAAAAAAUCGAAAAAAUUCGGUUUUUUAAAUUUGAUUUUGAAAUUUUUGAAACCCCCAAUUUUUUCAGAAUUUUUUUUUCGGAAAAUUUAUAAAAAAAUUAAACAAUUUUCCAUUUUCUCGGUUUUUAAAGGAAAUAUUUGGAAAAACUUCAAAAAUUAUUUUUGAAGAUUUUCUGAAUUUUUUUCAGCAAAAAUUGAAAACUCAAAAAAAUCCUUUUUUUUCAAAAAUACCCAAAACUAGAGAAUUAUCAAAAAAGGAUUUUUAUCCCAAAUUGAAAAAAAACAAAAUUUCGAUUUUUAUUGGAUUUUCUAUUCCCAAUUUUUUUGAAAUUAAAAAAAAAACAGAAAUUUGCGAUUUUUUUCGAUAAAAAAUUACUGUAAAAAGUCUGACUUUUUUCUUUUUUUUUGAAAAAAAAACACCGAAAAAUCGAAAAAUUGCAUUAUUUCUCUGAAAAAAAAACAUAAAAAUCUGGAAAAAAAUUAUUUUCGUUUCUUAAACAUUUUCUGCAAAAUCUGUACGAAAUCUAAUUUUUUUUAAAUUUUUUUUUCUCUAAAAACCUCCCAAAAAUCUUUGCAAAAUCGGAAAAAAAACCGACUCCCCUUGAUAAAUUUACAUUCCUGAUAGACAUUUAAAAACUUAAAAAAAACAAUGUAUUUAUUAAAUUAUUAUUACGAUUUUUUUAAAUUUAAGAUUAGAAUUAUUAAAACAAAUUUACUAGCUUUUCUUUCUUUUUUGUAUGUUUCCACAUUUUUCUCAUAAUAUUGAUUAAUUUAAUGCAUAAUACUAUGUACACAUUUAAAUAUUAGAUGAAGAACAAAUUAU